GUGAGUGGCUUCGAGGGAAAUUUCCAGGUGGUGGUGUUCCUAUGUGCCUGCUGCCCUUGUUCUUCUGAAAACUGGUGGUCAUGGAUUUGGAUAGUGCUGUUUCAGGAGGAAUGGUGGGUUUCUGAAGUGCAUCUUGUAGAUGGUACACACUGUGACUGUGCAUCAGUGGUUGAUGAGUGAAUGUUUUUGAAUGGGUUGCCAAUCAAGUGGGCUGCUUUGUUUUGUGGCUAGCUGCUUGAGUGUGGUUGGAGCUGCACUCAUCCAGGCAAAUGGAGAGUAUUCCAUCACAGUCUUGACAUGUGCCUUACAGAUGGUGGGUAGGCUUUAGAGAGCCAGGAGCUUUGUUACUUGCCGCAGGAUUCCUAGCCUCUGACCUGUGCUUGUAGCCACUGUAUCUAUAUGCCUACUCCAGUUCCGUUUCUGGUCAAUAGUAACCACCAGGAUGUUGAUAGUUGGGAAUUCAGCAAUGGCAAUGCCAUUGAAUGUCAAAAAGCGAUGAUUCGUUUCUUUCUUGUUGGAGAUGGUUGUUGCCUGGCUCUUCUGUGGUGCGAAUGAUAAUUUCCACUUGUCAGGCCAAGUUUGGGUAAUGUCCAGGUCUUCCUGUAUUUGGACAUGGACUGCUUCAGUACCUGAGGAGUUGUGAAUGGUGCGGACCACUGUGCAAACAUUAGGAAACAUGCCCAUUUCCUGCAGUUGAUGGACAAAAGUCAUUGCUAAAGCAGAUGAAGUUGAUUGGGCCUUGGAUACUCCCCUGGAUAACACCUGAAGUGACAUCCUGGGACUCAGAUGAUUGAUGUCCAAUGAUCUCAACCACCUUCCUUUGUGCUAGAAAUGACUCCAGCCAGCAGAGAGCUUUCCCCCGAUUCCCAUUGACUCCAGUGUUGCUAAGGUUCCUUGAUGCCACACUCUAUCAAAUGUUGCCUUGAUGUCAAGGGCAGUCCCUCUCGCCUCCCCUUUGGAGUUCAGCUCUUCUGUUCAUGUUUGAACCAAGGCUGCAAUGAGGUCAGGAGCUGAGUGGUCCCUGUGGAAUCCAAAUUGAGCGCCAGUGAGUAGGUUAUUGCCACAUGUUAGCACUGUUGAUGGCCACUUCUAUCACCUUACUAAUGAUCGAGAGUAGACUGAUGGGGCAGUAAAUGGCCAGGUUGGAUCUGUUUUGCUUUUUUUAUACAGGACAUGCCUGGGCAAAUAUCAACAUCACUGGAUAGAUACUAGUGCAGUAGCCAUACUGGAACAGCUUGGCCAGGGGCACAGCAUGUUCUGGAUCACAUGCCUGCAGUGCUAUUGCUGGAACAUUGUCCGGGCCCAUAACCUUUGCAGUACCCCGUGCCUUCAGCCGUUUCUUCGUAUCACGUGGAAUGAAUCAAAUGGACUGAAGAUUGGCAUCUGUGAUACUGGAACAAGGCCGACAUGGAUCAGCCACUCAGCACAUCUGCAUGAAGGUUGUUGUGAAUGCUUCAGCUUUAUCUUUUGCACUGAUGUGCUGGGCUCCUCAAACUUUGACGAUGGGGCUAUUUGUGAAGCCUCCAUUCAUGAUUGGAUGUGGCAGGACUGCACAGUUAGAUCUGACCUGUUGGUUGUGGAAUUACUCAACCCGGACUAUCAUGUGCUGCUUAUGUUGUUUAGCCAGAAAUUAGUCUUGUUUUGUGGCUUCAGCAGGUUGACACCUCAGUUUUAGUUUUGCCUGGUGCUUUUCCUGGCCUGGAUGAUCCACUGGCUUGGUGGUAAUGGUAGAGUGGAGAAUAUGCCAGGCCAUGAGGUUACAGAUUGUGGCUAAGUACAUUUCUGCAGCUGUUGACCCACAGCACCUCAUGGAUUCCAAGACUAGAGGUGUUAGAUCUGUUUGAAAUAUAUGCCAUUUAGCAUGGUGGUAGUGCCACACAACACAAUGGAGUGUAUCCUCGAUGUAAAGAUGUGUCUUCAUCUCCAUAGGGACUGUGCGGUGUUCACUCCUACCGCUCCUGCCAUGGAUAGAUACAUCUGCUGCAGGCAGGUUGUUGAGGAUGUGUUCAACAAUGAUUUUCUCCUCACUAUCUGCCGCAGACCCGGUCUGUGGUGGUGCUACAAGGAUAUUUUUGGUGGUGGACCCGCCCAGCUUGCAUUCUGUGCCCUUGCCAUCAUCAGUGCAUCCUCCAAGUGGUGUUCAACAUGGAGGAGUUUUGCUUCAUGAGCUGAAGAGUGGAUAGUGGGCGUCUGUACAUUUUAAUCUGCAGGGGGUUUCCUUGAAAAUGGUUGACCCGAGACUGGAAUCGAUUUUGAGGACUCCCAGGGCAACUGUUAUACCUGCUGGUGAUCUGUCCUUUCAGUGGUGGUGGUAUCUGGGAGAUUGUCAGGAAUGUUCCCAUGAGUAUGACUAUGUGAGGCUGUUGCUUGACUAAUGCCAAAACCUUCGUAAGGAUUGAUAGGGAUUCCAGUUGAUGCUAAGUGGCCCAUUUGGUUUUAUUCUUUUAAUAGAACUGAGUGGCUUGCUGCCAUUUCAAAAUCAAGCACAUAGUUGUUGAUCUGUUUGAAAUCGAUCCCAGUUAGCAUAGUGGCAGUGCCACACAACACAAUGGAGUUGAGGUACCAGAGCAGGUUUCACCAUUUAUCGUGGUGAGAUUCAAAACACUGGAAUAUUAUUCUGGAUCAGCAGCAAUACCACAUCACCACUGCUGAUGACACGCCAUUUGUACCACUGAUGGACUUAAAGAGACUCCAAGACUCAAAAAUGCUAACAGGUUCUGACAGAUACAAGUGGAAGACCACACACACAGACACACACACACGUGACUGAAAAGCAAUAAAUGAAUCCCACAAUUUCAUACAGUACUAGAGAAUUAUAGAUACAGAAUUAAUCCCACUGACAGAGAAUUAAUCCCAUACUCACAAAAAGCACGAGGAACUGAAAGACAUAUAUGAUUCCCACACUGACAUAGCAUCACAGACAUAAAAUGCAAUUGACAACUAGAGUGAAUAUCAAUUCAUUCACAGUACGAGAGUUUUAUAUAUAUAUAUAUAUAUAUAUAUAUGUAAAUCCUAGUGACAGAUCCGAAUGCCUGCCAAUCUCAUACACAGCUCCAGAGAAUAACAGAUGCAGACUGAUUGCUGCACUCCCAUGCAUUAACAGAGAUUUCAGAUUCAGAACGAUUUCCAAAUUCACAUGCAAUAGCAUUGGCUGACAAAGAGUCAAACACAUAUUCAAACUAACAUGGGGUAGUUAAAUAUUUUAAGGCAGAGGUAGAUAGAUGUUUCAUAAGCAAAGGGGUGAAUGCUUAUCGGGGGUAGACUGGAAUUUGGAGUUGAGGCUAAAAUCAGAUCAGCCAUUAUCUUCUUGAAUAUCGAGCAGGUCUGAGGGACUGAGUGGUCUCUUCAUGCUCCGAAUUCGUAUGUUCACACACAUCACUUUUAAGAGAUUCAGAAUGAAUCGCAAAUUCACUUACAAUUCCAAAAAGUGACUGAUAGAACAAAUCACUUGCAGGAGAGAGUUCAUGGUCUGAAGUUGCCGAACUCAGUGUUAAGUCUGGAAGGCUGUAAAGUGCCUAAUUGGAAGAUGAGAUUCUGUUCCUCCAGUUAGCUUUGGGUUUUACUGGAAUAUUUCAGCAGGCCAAGGAUGGACAUGUGGGCAUGACAGCAGGAUGGGAUGUUAAAAUGGCAAGCGCCAGGAAGGUCUGGGUCAUGCUUGCAGACAGACUGAAGGUGCUCCAAAAAGCAGUCACCCAGCCUACGUUGGGUCUCUCCAAUGUAGAGGAGACUGUAUUGGGAGCAGCGAAUGCAGUAGCCCAAAUUGAAGGAAGUGCAAGUGAAGUGCUGCUUCAUCUGAAAGGAGUGUUUGGACCCUUGGAUGGUGAGGAGGGAGGAGCUAAAUGGGCAGGUGUUGCACCUUCUGCUCUUGCAUGGGAAGGUGGCAUGGGAGGAGGUGUUGGGGGUGAAGGAGGAAUGGACCAGGUUGUCCCAGAGGGAAAGGUCCCCACAGAUUUCUGACAGUGGGGGUGAGGGGAAGAUGUGUUUGGUUGUGGCAUCAUGCUGGAGUUAGCAGAAAUGGCAGAGGAUGAUCCUUACUAAGCAAUCCUGAUUGAGCUAAGAAUUACACUUGCAGUGUGAACUAGAAGGGCAGAGUUUUAAAAAUAAGGGAUCUCCACAUUCAAGCUGGAGAUAAAGAGGAAUUUCUUCACUCAGAUGAUUGUUAGUCUUUGGAAUUCCCCUUCCCAGAUAGCAGCGGAGGCUGGAUCAUGGAAUAUAUUCCAGACUGAAAUAGACAGAUUUUACAAGGAAAUCAAGGAAUGAGAGAGACAGGCAGGAAAAUGGAGUUGAGGCCAUAAUCAGAUCAGCCAUGGUCUUAUUUAAUGGCAGAGUAGACUCGAGGGGCUGAAAGGCCUCCUCUUGCUCCUAUCUUUAAUGUUCUUAUGCCUGUAAGCUCUUCCCCAUUCUGGUUCCUUUUUCUUUGCACGUUUGGUUUUAAUUUCAUUUUCUCUUGUUUUUGCUUUCGGAUGGCAGCUGUUCAUCAUUCCUCCAUUCACUCUCCUUUAGAAUCAUCUCUGGUUUUUGUUACUUGUUUCUUUACCAUUCCCUGUAGCCUUGCAGCACCAAUUCUUUUGCCAUUGAAGCUCUCCUGCCCUCUACCCUGCAGACUGAACCACAAGACAAAAGGUGUUUACUAAUUUCACUAACGAGUAGCAAAGGAGAAUUAAUUAAUAAUCUGACAGUAAAUGAGCAUCUAAAAAUCUCACAACAUGUUAGAGACAGGCAUUCAGUUCGAGGAGAAUGGUCACACACAUGGUACAGUUUUCACUUUAAGCAAGUUCGAUAAGGAGGGAAUGAGCGAUAAACUGAACUCGUUAAAAUUUGAUCGGUGAUUAACAGAUAAAACAAGACAGGAAACAAUCUGAAACUCAAAUAAGUAUUUAGUACAAUAUGUAGAAUGCAAGCCCGAGGGAAUUAAACUUCACGUUCUUGGUUCAUGAUGAUAUGGGGAACAGAAUUCCAUGUUUUGAGUCAGCGAUUAAGAAGGAACCUGUCCAAAUAUUGAUUAACUGUGUCUUUGACGUGAUGCUGUCUCCGCUAUGCUGAUACUCUCGAUGGGACAUGUCGAAGGGGAGACACUGUUGUCCAAAUUAGCAUGGUGAAUUACUGCAGGGUGUCCGGUAGAUUGGACAUACUGCAGCGUAUACAUAUAAACUUCAUUAUAUACAUUUUUUCCAUUUAAGAGAAUAGCUUUUGCUCUUCAGGCAAUAAUAGCGUGUUAGAGAACUAGAGAAGGCCACUCGGACCAUCAUGCCUGUGUCAGCUCUUUGGGAGAAAUGGGAUGAGAGAAAAUCUAGUCUUGUGUGUGUUUGCCGCAUUUACAGCUUGUGUUCUUGUGUGAAUAAAAAGCAUGACAGAGAUUUGUUUCAGACUGACGAGGUUACUGGAAGCGAUUAGCCAAUUAAAAUUCCUGUGUACGGUAAAGAAAUUUCAGAUAUAUUUGUGGGGAGAGGCCAAAUGUUUCUUUCUUCUUUUAAUGAAAACAUAAAUAGCAGAGAAUGGUUUCGAUCCAUCGACCUCUGGGUUAUGGGCCCAGCACGCUUCCGCUGCGCCACUCUGCUAUUUGCCCCUGUUGCAGCUUCUUGUGUUUGAGUAAUGUUCAUUCCUGUUUUGUUAUUUAAAAAGAGCACAUGUAUUCGGCGGCUCCCCCUGGCGACUCAAUUCCACUUUGCAACUCGCCCAAGAACGUAACAGACAGAGAAGAGCAGUCAGAGACUGUCCGCACACACGAUGAUAGGAAGGCAAAGGAGCAUGGAGUGACUCACCAUUUAUGUAAAGGCGUUCGCUCUUGCAUAAAUACGUCCCCCAUUCGCAGAGAAUUUGCUGUUGCCUAAAUUAGCUCCCUGUGCAUGUGUACUCAUCUUGAAAGGUGCUGCGGUGUUUAAAGUGCUUUCCCGUUUUUUUUAGAUAUCUUCCCUGCUGUGCAACUUUGCUGUCUGCUUGGAAAUGUGUUCACUGCUGAGUUAGAAUCCCACCACGGCAGAUGGUGGAACUUGAAUUCAAUAAAAUAUCUGGAAUUAAAAUUCUAAUGAUGACCAUGAAGCCAUUGUCGAUUGUUCAGCAAAUUGAUGUGUUCCGGAAUGUGUUGCCUAAAAGACUGGUUCAAUUAGAUUCAAAAGUAAAUUUUAAAAGCGAAUUGGACAAAUACAGAAAUGAAGAUAUUUUCAGUGUAAGCAGAGGAAUUGGACUGAUUCGCUUCGAACGGGGUGGCACAGAUGCUAUGAGUCCAAAUAUCACAGACUGCGCUAAUAUUAUUCUUGAAAUGGUGAACAAUAUGACCCAAGAUUCCAAGCGUCUGCGAACACGCCCUAUCUCCAUCAGAAGGGUCUCACUGCGCAGCUGCGGGAAGGCCCAGCCACCGGAAAACGCCUACUGCGCGAAGCAUGCGCAGUGCGGCACCAGGAAAAUGAAUGUGGGUGAUCGUCGCCUCAUUAACACCGACUCUCAGCGCCGCUGCUGCGGGGACGGGGAGCGGGUCGGCGCCGUGAAGCCGAUGGUGCAGCGCUUCCCCCAUCUUCGCCUCCGCUUCCCGGUUUCUUCUCCAGUUUGCACCGAGGGUUUGAUGCGAUGAUGCCUACCUGCUGCAUAUUUGCACAAUUUUCUGUCUUUAUUUAAGACUCCCAGCAGCCACAUGAUUUUGACAGUGAAUUAUUGCAGGUGUUUCUCACAAAACCAAGGCCAGAAACACAAACUGACAAAUGAGGCGUCCUUUUGCAUCAGGGUGGAUGUUGGAUAUGGAAGUCAGUCUCUCGCUGUCUGUGAAGUUAAUCCAAAUCUCUUUUGAAGACAUUGUUUGAACCUGCCUCCAUCAUACUACAGAAGAACGUAAGAAAUAGGAGCAAGAGUUAGCCAUUCAAUGCCAUUCAAUAAGAUCAUGGAUGAUCUGAUUAUGGCCUUUGUUAUUCACAAUAAGAGGUU